UAUUACUGCAAACUGAUUGCAAGGCUGGUAGAUACAAUGGCUGGCAAGUCACCAUUCCCAAACUGUGACUGGAGAUUCAACGAGUUUCCUAACCCAGCUGCCCAUGCACUGCAUGUGACCUGUGUGGAACUCAUGGCGUUGUCUGUUGCAGGAAAGGAUGUAGGAAAUGCCCUUCUGAACGUUGUGCUCAAGAGUCAGCCAUUUGUCCCAAGAGACAAUAUAACAGCAUGGAUGAAUGCAAUUGGGCUGAUUAUCACUGCCUUACCUGAGCCCUACUGGAUUGUCCUCCAUGAACGGAUUGUGAGUGUUGUCAAUAGUCCUAGCUUGACCUCAGAGACUGAAUGGGUCGGUUAUCCAUUCCAGCUCUUUGACUUCACAGCUUGCCACCAGUCUUACUCAGAGAUGUGCUGUAGCUACACGCUGGCAUUGGCGCAUGCUGUCUGGCAUCAUUCAAGCAUUGGCCAACUUUCCCUCAUUCCAAAGUUCCUCACUGAAGUACUGAUACCAAUAGUCAAGACUGAAUUCCAGUUACUCUAUGUUUAUCAUCUUGUUGGCCCAUUUCUACAGCGGUUCAAUCAAGAAAGGACAAGAUGUAUGUUAGAGAUUGGAGUAGCUUUUUAUGAAAUGCUCCUGGAGGUAGACCAGUGCAAUACUCACCUCAACUACAUGGAUCCUAUAUGUGAUUUUCUCUAUCAUGUAAAAUACAUGUUUACUGGAGACAGCGUUAAAGACCAAGUUGAGAAAAUCAUUUGCAACUUGAGACCUGCUUUGAAACUUCGUCUACGAUUCAUGCAUAUCAGCAAAAUGGAAUCGGCUUCUGUUUCUCAGCAACCUGUAAGCAACAUGUCUCCAGCACCUCAGCCUACGCAGGUGCCAGUUAAUGUUGCUUUGCCAGUGUCUCAGUAAAACAGGGCUCCAAACUUGUGCCUUUUGUGCCAUGAAGUCCAAUGUUAUCCAAGAUGAAAGUUGACCCAACAUGAGUCCCUUUUGAAGAGCGGUUAGCAUAACUUCCACUACAGCGUUCCUUGCCAACUUCUGAAUAUUUAUGUUCUGCCACUUCUCUGAUUAAAGGAACUCCUACCAUCAGUGGAUUUUAAAAAAUGCCAGUGAUUCUCAUGUUCCUCAUUUGUUCCUCACUUUUCUAGUCAAUGAUACUGUUGCUUAGUACCAUUCACUUUUAAUCAUGCAGAUCUUUACAAUACAAGUCAUGAACAGCAUGUAUGCUUUUCUUGUUUCAUUGACAUCUUUUUCUGAGGAGUGGGAUCCUCAAAUCAUUUUAGCAAGAAUAUGUUAAAAUUCCGUUGACUAGCAGGCUGCUUUAAAUCCAACUAGUUGCAGAAACUUUGGGAACUUAUUUAAGGUAGGCUCAGAAGCUUCUGGAGUCAGAUUUUGAUUAAGCCAACUGUACCUUCUCCAACCAGAACACUACAUGGUAGUAAUGACACUGCUUAUGCUUAUCGAGGAUGAUAAAUCUGCUGGAUGACUAGGCCUCUGUCAUAUGACCGCCAACUUCUGAAGUGUAAUUAUGUAUAAAAUGUGUAUAAUUAAGAGUUUUAUUUCUGGGGCCUUUAUUACUGCUGUAAUUUACUCCUUUUGUUAUUGAAUUUUAGCAAUAACUGAAUUUUAAUUUAGAUUUGUAGUGCUACUUUUUCACAAUUUUUUCCUGGUCUUGUUCUAAUGAGAAAUGGUUUGCCAUUGAAUUAAAUGAAAAGAUUUGUUCAUAUGUGGUAGCACUGAUGCUGUUUAAUAAAAAAAACUGUUUAUGUA